AUGACGCAAAUCUUUUUGGGAACAAACCUUAAAAGUUUGGCUGUAGAGAUCAUGGCCAAGUAUACUAGAGCUAUCGAUGCUGAGUUGGUCAAGAUCACUACUCUGACACCUGAAGUACAGAAGGAGACUGGCAUUCCAACCCUCCCUUGCAUGAUUGUCACUGAAGGUGAUAGAACAGUAAAAACAGAAAAUAAAAAGACCUUCAAAUGUGCAUCUACAUAUGCUAUCUUUAGACAUAUCGCUGAGCUAACCAGAUUCGAGAAGAUCUUCUUAGGAAAGAGCGAGAUUGAUAAUGCUAGAAUUCUGUCAUACUUUGAGUUAAUCAACUCAAUGGAGCCACAAGCAUUGGCUGAUCAUUUAAAUAAUGAUCUCAAGUUCAGAGUUUUCGUGGCUACUUACAACAUCACUGCUGCUGAUAUUUACGCUUAUGCUCAUAUUGCCGAGCACGUAAAGGGUUUUGAUGAUCUCAAAAAGCUUGAGUACAGCAAUUUGUUCAGAUGGCUCGACCAUAUCCAGCACUUACCUGGGCUUGACAAGUUCGCUAUUGAGCACUCUCUUUUCGUAGAGUUCCCAGACGAGAAUGCUAAACCACUCUCUAAGUCUGAAAUGAAGAAACUUGCCAAAGAGAAAUACAAGAAAGAGCAGAAGGAAGCCAAAGCUGCAGCUAAGGCUGCUGGCAAGACUGAAGGCAAGAAAGGCAAAGAAGACAAGAAGGAGACUAAGGAUCAGACUAAAAAUGAAGAAGAGAAGAAAGAAGUCACUACUGAAGGAGGGCAAAAACCAAAGAAGCAGAAGCAAAAGCAAGCCCAAAAUAAGGGUGGAAAGAAAGGAGAAGUUGACUAUUCAGCCCCUCCAAUUACUCUUGUUGAUAUUAGAGUAGGACAGAUUACUAAGGUCUGGAAGCACCCAGAUUCAACGAAACUUUACUGCGAAGAGAUUGAUAUUGGAGAAGAGAAGCCAAGAUCUAUUGCCAGUGGGCUCCAAGAAUUCGUGCCAAUCGAGAAGAUGGAGAAUGCCAUGGUCUGCGUUGCUGCUAACCUUAAGGCUAAGAAGUUAGGUGGAUUCCCAAGUCAAGGAAUGGUCUUGUGUGCUCAGAAUGAUGACCACACUGCUGUUGAGCUCUUGACCCCACCUGCUGGAGCUAAGCCAGGAGAUAUUGUUAGAUUUGAAGGAUUUGAGCAUAACGCACCACGUCAGCUUAACCCAAAGAAGAAGAUCUUCGAGGCAGUUCAGAAGGACUUUAAGGUUGACGCUAAUGGAAUUGCUUUCUACCAAGAUCUUGAAUGGAAGCAUGAGAAUGGUAAAUUCACUGCUGAGACUAUCAGAGAUGGUGUUAUUGGAUAA